AUCAACGUCUUCCAAUCAUGAACUAUCUGUAUCUGUUCGCUCUGUGCCUGGCUCUGGUCAGCUGCUCCAUCGCUAUACCCUUGGGUAAGCCCACGGGCCAGCCCGGCUGCCAGACGGAGGCUGAAAUCGCCGUGGGCGCCUAUCGACACUACUACUUGAAGAACCAGUACUGGGUAUGCCAUGCGCUGGGUGUGCCAGCUUCGCUGGCCACUUGUCCGGUUGCCCAGGCCUGGCUGGAUGACGCUAAGGCCUGUGUGUACUUUGCCCAAUGGUAUUGGACUCCAACAGUGGCUCCACCAAGUCAGCCACUUGCUGCCGGGAUUUAAAUGGCAAAACUUUUUGAUUGAUUUUGUGAACUGUUUCUUAAAAUAUACAAGAAAUACACUUUUUAGUUGAGCACGUGAAA